AUGUAGAGAUACAUCUAACAAUAGAAUAAGCAGUAUAAAUAAUGAAUUAUUCUCUUAGAACUUAUUUGAUUCAUAAGAGGAGACUAAGUGAUAUUUAAUAAAGAAAGAGUUCCCUUCCAAAAUUAGAUAAAACAAUUGAUUCUUAUAAAUAAAAUAGAUAUAUAGCUGCCAGAAAAUAAGAAAUUAAUAGAUGGGAAGGAAUUAUGAAAUAAAACAAAAAACUACUACAUAAAUUAAACAAUGUUGAAUCUACUUUUCAAAAAUCUGUAAUUUUAACUAAAAAUAUAUUUGUAUUCAAGAUAAUCCAUUCGUAGUGUAAGUUCUUGUAAUUCGAAAAGAUCAAUAGAAUUAAAAGAAAAUAGAAAAAAAGAAAAUGCUAGAAUGCAAAUUAAAUUAUAAUAAAUGUAAUUAUUGUAUAUUAAUCAAGUACAUCUACAUUUGA